CGUCGGAUGGAGCGUCGCGUGGUUGACAAGAAUUAAUCGCGAGUGAAUAAACAUUAAAUAAGUGGUGUGAUUUGUACUUAUCUGUAUAGAAUUGUGCUGUGUUGUGUAUGUUUGUGUCUGUAUGGGAAUUGUUGCGAUGUUUCACAAAGUGUCAGAUUAACGUGAACACCCCAAUCAAUCAAAAUGCCCGAGUGACAAAUGAACACAUCCCCCAAAGACGCGUAAACCGAAAUGGGUCUCCAAAGGUGAUAUCUACAGAAAAUGGCUUCACAGAGACUGCCAUUACACCUCUGCAAUUCAAUUAAACAGUAUUUGCAAAAAAUAAAAGCGAAAACAAACUUUAGCAGUUUAAAGUUAGAGUUGAAAUUAGAUUGGCAAGGGAGGAUAAUAUUAGUGUUAUUGAUAGUGCUACUGUUCAGUGUGACGUCGAGUGGUAAUAGUUUUGGUAGGAAUUCUAUGCUGAGGACAAGAAUAAUUGGGACCCGGUACGGUAAAUUACAGGGUGUGAUAUUACCUAUGGAUCAGCAUAAGUACUUGAAGCCAGUAGAAGCUUAUUUGGGAGUACCAUACGCAACACCACCAACUGGAUCAAAUAGAUUCGCUCCAACCCGCGCCCCAGCGCCUUGGGACGAUGUGAAAACCGUUGACCAAAUGGGGCCAGUGUGUCCCCAACGGUUGCCAGACAUUGAUAACGAGACACUUGCCUUAGAACGUAUGCCUAAGGGCAGGCUCGAGUACUUGAGAAGGUUACUACCGCGACUGAAGAAUCAGAGUGAAGAUUGUCUGUAUAUGAAUAUUUAUACGCCGGUUCAAGUUGGUCCGACGUUACUUGCGAAGUAUCCCGUCGUGAUUUUCAUACAUGGCGAGGCUUUUGAGUGGAACUCCGGUAAUGUGUACGAUGGCUCCGUACUUGCGAGUUACGCGGGCCUUGUUGUUAUCACUAUAAAUUACCGGCUGGGUAUAUUAGGUUUUUUGAACGCAAAUCCAAUACCUCACGUAAGAGCAAGAGUAGCAAACUAUGGACUGAUGGACCAAAUCGCCGCAUUACAUUGGGUGCAGCAGAAUAUUGCACUAUUCGGUGGGGACCCAGGAAAUGUCACCAUGCUUGGUCAUGGAUCCGGCGCUGCGUGUAUAAACUUCCUAAUGAUUUCCCCUACAGUAAUGCCAGGUCUCUUUCACCGAGUAAUCCUACUAUCAGGAUCAGCUUUAAGCUCUUGGGCGUUAGUGGAAGAUCCUGUGAACUAUUCGGUCCAAUUAGCUAAACAAUCAAAUUGCACCUUACCAGAGGAUAUCGUAAAGGACCAUGAAUUGAUCGUCGAUUGUCUCCGAGAAGUGCCCUUACAAGAACUUAUGUCUGCCGAAAUAAGCACUCCAAGCUACCUAACAGCUUUCGGUCCCUCAGUCGACGGGGUCGUAGUUAAAACGGACUAUGCUAAGGAAUUGCUAACAUUUUUCAUACCAAACGACCUACAGGGUUUCACAAGCGUUUCUGGAGUGAACAAUUUUAAGGCGGACAAAAGGAGCGGAGAUAGAAUUUUCGGGAUAAGAGGAGGACAGAAUAAAUAUGAUCUGCUAUUCGGCGUUGUAACGAGCGAGGCACUCUGGAAAUUUUCAGCUCAGGACAUUCAGAAUGGUUUUGAGGGCGAGAGGCGGGAUAGAAUAAUACGGACUUACGUGAGAAACGCUUACACAUAUCACUUGAGUGAAAUUUUCUUUACAAUAGUCAACGAAUACACGGAUUGGGAAAGAACUGUUCAACAUCCAAUUAAUACACGUGAUGCGGCAGUGUUGGCAUUAUCCGAUGCUCAAUAUGUGGCCCCAUUGGUGCAAACUGGGGACUUCCUUAGUGUGGCAAAGAGUUCGCCAGAUUCAGGGCCCAAUGCGUUUUUCUAUGUCUUCGACUAUCAGACUAAGGAUGGAGAUUACCCCCAGCGAAUGGGUUCAGUGCACGGCGAAGAGCUGCCUUAUCUAUUCGGAGCGCCUCUUGUCGAUGGUCUGGGACACUUUCCCAAAAACUAUACCAAGUCUGAAGUGGCCUUGUCUGAAGCUUUCAUAUUGUAUGUGGCUAACUUCGUGAGAACUGGGAAUCCUAAUGAGGUCCAGCGACAAGAGUCGGUACUUCCGAUUUCAAGGGAGAGGAAUAAAUACAAGAGCAUCGUAUGGGAUGAAUACGAUACUUUGCAUCAAAAAUAUUUAGAAAUAGGCAUGAAGCCACGUAUGAAAAAUCACUACCGAGCGCACCAGCUGUCCGUCUGGUUGCGGUUGAUACCGGAGAUCCACCGGGCUGGCAUGAAGGACGUCAUCGCAAAACACAACCUAUUCCGCAACCACAACGACCCUGAAAUGUACGAUGGUUUAGUUCGGGCCGAUCCUCUUACGCGUGCGAAUUACUACGACCCCACAUUAGAGCUCUAUCGCAAAUCCUAUAAUGUAACCCUAGAUAUACCCUCUACCACCAUGGACACUCACGUCACAACUUGCAUCAGCGUCAUGUCCGCUCGCCCCGGCGCCCCCGUCACUCAAAGUCAACCCAACAAUUCACAAACUCAAGACGUUUCUAAUUUAGAAGUGGCCAGCUACACAGCUUACUCUACCGCUUUGAGUGUAACAAUCGCAAUUGGCUGCUCUCUAUUAAUCCUCAACGUCCUAAUCUUCGCCGGCGUCUAUUAUCAAAGAGAUAAAACAAGAUUGCAAGUUAAAGCUCUCCAACAACAGAAAAGGAAUCACAACUCCACUUAUGAUACUUCGAAACAUCCACAUUACUUUGUCGGUCAUUCUCAGAGUUCGAGCACGAUUGUCGAUAUCGACCAUCAAGAUAAAAACGCGAUCAUUGCCAUGACAAAUCGUGUACCCCACUUUACGAAUACAAAUUGCCCGAACGUCUGUCACACGGGGAUUCAAAUGGCGAGUUUGAAGACGAGCCCCAAUCGAGGCCAAUGUACUACCUUGCCAAGAAAGGUUGGGUUCAGUUAUCAAAAUCAGAUUUGUAACGCGUCGAAUUGUAUGACAUUACCGAAGAAUGCUACGUUUAUGAGUAGUGGCAAUUUGCCGGAUGUUCAGGCCCAGACUGGACAAUCUCAGACGCCAGGAAAUGGUUCGAUACAGCCAACAUCUCCUCAGCAUUUUUCUCAAAAGUCUAGAGUCCCCCAGGCGGCAAUGUCUGAAAUGAAUGUAUGAGAAAUGGAAGAUAUUUACAAUUAUGUGUAAAAGUGAAUUUAGUAUACUUAGGAUCACUGCUAUACAUAGUUGUAAAUAUCGUUAUGCGUCUAUGUAAAUAAUAUUGAUGCCUCGAUUUUCAAUAGUUGAAUGUUUAUUAUAACACGGCAUU